AUGGGCCAAACCCUGCUGAAAGCCCACCAGGCCCUGCCGCUGCACGACUCGAGCUACCGGCUCCACACCAAAGAAGAUGAUAAUCUUCGACACCAGGACGAUGCACAUUUCGAUGUUCUCAGAGCUCCCUAUGCUGCUGAGGAACUGCUUCAAGCGCUGAUGUACGACCACUCUUCCAGCAGAGGGCUCUUUUUGCUGCCGGUGGUGACCAACGAUUCGCUGUUUCUGCUGAAUACGGCGUCCUCGGUCACCAAAGACUUCACCUUGGUGGAUCCCAAUGACAUGGACGAGACCAAAUCUGAAUCUUUCUCACCUUUGCUCUCUCUCCCCAUGGAAAUCUUAUACCAGAUCGUCGAGAUUGUGUAUUACGACGAGACAACGUCUUCGAUCCCUGCUAAUCUCGAGAAGUUCCUGAAAACCAUCCCUGUCCUCCUGAAGACCUUCAAUCAGUUGGCUAUGCGUUUCCUCUACAAGUACGCCAUCUUCACUAGACCCCAUUCUUUCGACAAGUUUCUUCAAAACAUCUUGAACCAACCUGAUCUAGGCAUGUACGUGGAGUUUUUGGACUUCCAGACUUUCACGUCCAUUGGCCUCGGAAGGACCGGAAGAAUGAACCAAGAGAUUCAGAUGGUUACGUCUCAGACAAUCGAGUUGGCUCUUCGCAUGUGUCCCAAUUUGAUUGAGUUCAUGGCCUCUGAAAACAUUCAAGACGACAUGGACGUGACCGUCUUAUCCAUGCUAUUCAAUCACCUUCCCAAGAUACAAGCCAUGGACUUCUGUGGCGCAUCUCUGAGUGCUCUUGCAUUGGCGUUCAAUGAGCUCCAGAUCGAAAACUCCGACGUUGCUGGACACGAGUCCAUGACUGACAGUUGCCUGACUCUCUCGAUUAAGAAAGGCUCCCUCAACAACCUCUUCAAGAUAUCCUUCCAUGACUGUUCUAAUUUGGCUCCUUCAGUUUUUGAGAAGCUCCUCCCACAUUUCAUCCAUUUACGUCGCCUUGACCUCAAUCAUACAUCCAUCACAUCUAGCAUUUUAUUAUCGCAUCUUCCACAUUCUUGCAGACUCACACAUUUAUCGCUUGCGAGAUGUUCAAAGCUCACCACCAAAGACUUAAUCAACUUCUUGGUCAACCAUCCCGCUGUGGCCAACGAGUCACUCCAGUGGCUCAACUUACAAAUCGACCCAAACGUGGUGUCUCCACUUUCGGAAGUGUAUCUCUUGUACGUACUCAACCACCUCAAGGCUCCCAACUUACAGUAUUUCAACUUGGGUGGCUUACCCGUUAACAGUCGCAUACUCAAACUUAUCAAGAAUAAGUUUGUCAAGUUGGAAAGCUUGACGAUAUCUCAUUCCACAGUCGAGAUUUGUGACUUAGAGGAUUUCAUGCACGAGAACGAUACCAUUAAGUUCUUGGAUCUUACGUCAGUCAAAGCUUUAGAUCGUUGGAAGUUCACCAACUUUUUGAAGACAUGCUAUAAUUCCAAUCUUCAAGCCAUCGAGUUUGACUACAAAGUUUUGUACGACGUGACUGGUGGCAACUACGUCAGAGUCGACGCCGUGCAAACUGACUUCCGCAUACUGGGUGAUCCACAGCUCCCACAAGUCUGGAGGUUUUACGAUAACGAGGGCCGCAGAGCUUGGAUAUACAAAAUAGACUCCUCAGAUCCCCUGUACGCUUCAAUCAUUUCUGGAAACAAACUGAGGAAAAGCUUUGCGUCAAACUUAGUCUACUACGAUUUGGAAACAGGUGCAAAGAUCGAAACAAAACUGGAAAAACCAGCGUUUCUCAAGUAUGCAUCGCGCAAAGUGAACUGCUCUAUUGGCUACUACAACCUUAACAACACUAAGAAGAAAAAGUACAUAAAGGGCGAAUUGCACGAGCUGGUGUGGCCGGUGGAGUUCAGUCAAAGGGGCAUUUACAACUAUUACUCGCUCAACGUGAAGUAA